UGCCUUAAUGCUUUUUAAAAAACAAUUAUGUAGUCUAUUCCCAAUUUUGACAACUGUAGUAUAAUCUGUGAAAUAAUAUUUCUUUUCUUAGGUGGACUGGUUUCUAAGUGGACAUUGAGCCCCUAAAUUAUUAAAAAUGUCGCUCGUUAUCCCGGAUAAAUUCCAACAUAUUCUUCGUAUUAUGAAUACGAAUAUUGAUGGCAAACGCAAGGUUAUGUUUGCUAUGACCGCUAUUAAGGGAGUCGGUCGUCGAUAUUCUAAUAUUGUAUUGAAAAAAGCCGACAUCGACCUGGACAAACGUGCCGGGGAAUGUACGGAAGAAGAGGUUGAGAAAAUUGUAACAAUCAUGUCACAUCCGAGACAAUACAAAAUCCCCGAUUGGUUCCUCAACAGACAGAAAGACAUUGUUGAUGGCAAGUACAGCCAAUUGACAUCAUCCAACUUGGAUUCCAAGCUCCGUGAGGAUUUGGAAAGGUUAAAGAAGAUCAGGGCUCACAGAGGCAUGCGUCACUACUGGGGUCUCCGUGUGCGCGGUCAACAUACCAAGACCACCGGCAGACGCGGUAGAACUGUUGGUGUGUCCAAGAAGAAGUAAAAUAAAUAAAUAAUUUUAUUCUCAUAAA